AUGCGUUCCCCCAUCGCUUUCUGUCUCGCCCUUCUGGGUGCUGCUCAGCUUGGAGACGCUGCCUCAGCUGGCUGCGGCAAGCAGUCUCCCGGCAGUGGCCGCAAGAACAUGCAGGUCAACGGUAAGAACCGAGAGUACAUCCUCCAGGUUCCCAACAACUACAACGCAAACAAGCCUCACCGUCUUGUCUUUGGUUACCACUGGCGUGAUGGUAACAUGAACAACGUCGCCCAGGGUGGCUUCUACGGUCUUCAGGGCCUUGCUGGUGACUCCACCAUCUUCAUUGCCCCCAACGGUCUUAACGCCGGUUGGGCCAACCAGGGCGGUGAGGAUAUCACUUUCACCGACCAGAUGCUCGACUUUGCCAAGAAGAACCUUUGCAUUGAUGAGAAGCAAGUCUUUGCUACUGGCUGGUCCUACGGAGGAUCCAUGUCCCACAGCGUCGCCUGCUCCCGACCCAACGACUUCGCUGCUGUCGCCGUCAUCUCCGGUGCUCAGCUCUCUGGCUGCAACGGUGGUAACACCCCUGUUGCCUACCUCGGAAUCCACGGUGCCUCUGACAACGUUCUCGGAAUCAACCUCGGCCGCCAGCUCCGCGACAAGUGGAUUGGCACCAACGGCUGCCAGCAGAAGAACGUCAACGAUCCUGGCCCAGGUGCUCGGAACCACGUCAAGACUACCUACCAGUGCAGCCGCAAGCCCGUUACCUGGAUCGCCCACGGUGGUGGCCACGUUCCCGACCCUACCGGUACCAACGGCGCCAAGUUCGCUCCUGGUGAGACCUGGUCAUUCUUCAACGCUGCUGUUGGCGGUGGUCGCAGCACUGGUCGACGCUGCUAA